AUUGUAGCCUUUGCUGCCUGAUUAAAGUAAAACCAGACAGCUGUUUAAAGUAGUGUUGCCGUCUGGAUAACACAGAAGAAAACAAAGAGAUGUCUGACAGCGAUGACAGCGAUUUCUCUGAUAAUCAGAGCGAGAGGAGCAGCGAGGCUGAGGAGGUGGAGGAGAAUGAGGAGGAGGAGGAACAGGGGAGUGUAGCUGGCAGUGACAAGGCUGAGGAGGAGGAGGGAGAAGAUUUGGAGGAUGAGGAGGAGUAUGAUGAAGAGGAAGAAGAGGAUGAUGACCGGCCCAGGAAAAAACCUCGGCAUGGUGGCUUCAUCUUGGAUGAAGCCGAUGUUGACGAUGAGUAUGAAGAUGAAGAUCCAUGGGAGGAUGGUGCUGAAGACAUCUUAGAAAAAGGUAAGAUAUUUAGGGAUUCACGUGAGGAAGCUCUAGGGGAGUAUUACAUGAGAAAAUAUGCCAAGUCCUCAGGUGGCGAGCAUUUCUAUGGCGGCUCUGAGGAUCUUUCUGAUGACAUCACCCAGCAACAGUUGCUUCCUGGGGUCAAGGAUCCUAAUUUGUGGACCGUUAAGUGUAAGAUUGGAGAGGAGAGAGCAACUGCCAUUGCCUUGAUGCGAAAAUUCAUUGCUUAUCAGUGCACCGACACACCGCUUCAAAUCAAAUCAGUGGUGGCCCCUGAGCACGUCAAAGGUUAUAUCUAUGUGGAGGCGUACAAGCAGACCCAUGUCAAGUCCGCCAUUGAAGGUGUUGGAAACCUGCGUAUGGGCUUCUGGAACCAGCAGAUGGUGCCCAUUAAAGAGAUGACAGAUGUGCUGAAGGUGGUUAAGGAAGUGACUAACCUUAAGCCCAAGUCUUGGGUUCGUCUUAAGAGAGGCCUUUAUAAAGAUGACAUUGCCCAGGUGGACUAUGUUGAACCGAGCCAAAAUACGAUCUCACUGAAAAUGAUUCCUCGGAUUGAUUUAGAUCGCAUUAAAGCGAGGAUGAGUAUGAAAGACUGGUUUGCGAAGAGAAAGAAGUUUAAGAGGCCCGCUCAGAGGCUUUUUGAUGCUGAAAAGAUCAGGUCUCUAGGUGGUGAGGUCAGCCAUGACGGAGACUUCAUGAUAUUUGAAGGCAACCGAUACAGCCGCAAAGGCUUCCUGUUUAAAAGCUUUGCUAUGUCAGCCGUGAUCACAGAAGGGGUCAAACCUACUCUGUCGGAGCUGGAGAAGUUUGAGGACCAGCCAGAGGGGAUUGACCUUGAAGUAGUCACAGAGACAACAGGUAAGGAGCGUGAGCACAAUCUCCAGGCAGGAGAUAAUGUGGAAGUGUGUGAGGGGGAGUUAAUCAACCUUCAGGGUAAAAUCCUGAGUGUGGAUGGCAACAAGAUCACCAUCAUGCCCAAGCAUGAAGAUCUGAAGGACCCUCUUGAGUUUCCAGCUCAUGAGUUGAGGAAGUACUUCCGUAUGGGCGACCAUGUAAAGGUUAUCGCAGGGCGUUUUGAAGGUGACACAGGCCUCAUAGUCCGUGUGGAGGAGAACUUUGUUAUUCUGUUCUCUGAUCUCACUAUGCAUGAGUUGAAGGUCUUGCCCCGGGACCUGCAGCUGUGCUCUGAGACUGCCUCAGGUGUGGAUGCAGGAGGCCAGCAUGAGUGGGGAGAGCUGAUACAAUUAGACCCCCAAACUGUAGGUGUCAUUGUCAGGCUGGAAAGAGAGACCUUCCAGGUUCUGAACAUGCACGGGAAAGUUUUGACUGCACGGCACCAGGCAGUAAACAGACGGAAGGACAACCGCUUUGCUGUCGCUCUCGACUCUGAGCAAAACAACAUCCAUGUGAAGGAUAUUGUAAAAGUCAUUGAUGGACCUCAUUCGGGCCGUGAAGGUGAAAUUCGCCACAUCUUCAGAGGCUUUGCUUUUCUUCACUGCAAGAAGCUGGUUGAAAACGGAGGCAUGUUUGUCUGUAAAGCACGCCACCUCGUUCUGGCGGGCGGCUCAAAGCCCAGAGACGUGACCAAUUUUACAGUGGGAGGCUUUGCACCUAUGAGUCCACGCAUCAGCAGCCCGAUGCACCCUGGCGGAGGUGGGCAGCAGCACAGGGGCGGAGGUGGUGGCAUGGGUCGGGGCCGUGGGCGACGAGACAAUGAUCUGAUUGGGCAGACUGUCCGUAUAUCCCAGGGACCAUACAAAGGCUACAUUGGAGUGGUGAAGGAUGCCACAGAAUCAACCGCUAGGGUAGAGCUCCACUCAACUUGCCAGACCAUCUCUGUGGACCGGCAGCGUCUUACAACUGUUGGUGGCAAAGAAAGACAAGGAAGGACUUCCACCCAU